UCAAUCCUCACCAAACAAUAUUAACAUCCAAAAUAUCCUUUUAUACUUGAAGAACCAUGGUACCCAAUUUCAACAAGAAUCUAGCUUGUUGGCAGAUUCUCUUCAUAAUACUUUGGGUUCGUUUAACAAUCAUUUUUCCUCAACAAGUUGCUGGUUUUUCCAAUGAAGAAGCAGUUGCUCUGUUGAAAUGGAAAGAUAGCUUUGACAACCACAGCCAAGCUCUGCUGUCAACUUGGACAAGAACUACGAGUCCAUGCAACUGGGAAGGAAUUCAAUGUGACAAAUCCAAAUCCAUCUCUACCAUAAAUCUUGCAAAUUAUGGACUAAAAGGUAAACUCCACACUCUUAGUUUCUCAUCAUUCCCCAACCUCCUCAUCCUAAAUAUCUUCAACAACAACUUUUAUGGGACCAUUCCUCCACAAAUAGGUAACUUGUCAAGAAUAAAUACAUUGAAUUUUUCAAAAAAUCCUAUUAUUGGUUCCAUCCCUAUAGAAAUGUGGACACUGAGGAGUUUAAAAGGCCUUGAUUUUGCUCAAUGUCAGCUAACUGGGGAAAUUCCUAAUUCCAUAGGAAACUUGUCCAAACUAUCAUAUCUAGACUUUGCCGAAAACAACAAAUUUUCUAGCGGCUAUAUUCCUCUUGCGAUUGUUAAAUUAAACCAAUUAGUGCAUGUAUCUUUUGCAAACUGUAACCGUAUUGGUUCCAUUCCCCGAGAAAUUGGAAUGUUGACAAAACUUGGUUUAAUGGAUUUGCAAAGGAACACUCUAUCUGGUACCAUCCCAAAAUCAAUUGGUAACAUGACUAGUUUAAGUGAACUUUACCUUUCUAAUAACACAAUGUUGUCUGGACAAAUCCCAGCAUCCUUGUGGAACUUGUCUUACUUGUCCAUACUCUAUCUUGAUGGCAACAAAUUUUCUGGAUCAGUCCCUCCUUCGAUCCAAAACUUGGCCAAUUUGACUGACCUUAUCCUUCAUCAAAACCACUUUUCUGGACCUAUUCCUUCCACCAUUGGAAACUUGACAAAACUAUCAAAUUUAUACUUAUUCACAAAUUAUUUUUCUGGAUCAAUUCCUAGUUCUAUUGGAAAUCUAAUCAAUGUGUUAAUCCUCGAUUUGUCUGAAAACAAUCUUUCUGGAACUAUUCCGGAAACAAUUGGAAAUAUGACAACGCUAAUAAUCUUGGGACUACGCACCAAUAAACUUCAUGGUAGCAUUCCACAAAGCCUAUAUAACUUUACCAACUGGAAUAGGUUGCUAUUAGACGGGAAUGAUUUUACUGGCCAUUUGCCACCUCAAAUAUGUUCUGGUGGAUCUCUAGAACACUUCAGUGCUUUUCGCAACCAUUUUACUGGUCCAAUACCAACUAGUUUGAAAAACUGCACAAGCAUUGUAAGAAUCAGAAUUCAGGAUAAUCAAAUAGAAGGAGAUAUAUCACAAGAUUUUGGUGUAUAUCCGAAGUUGGAAUACCUUGAACUGAGUGACAAUAAACUUCAUGGACACAUUUCACCAAACUGGGGGAAGUGCCCUAAUCUCUGCAACUUCAUGAUAUCCAACAAUAAUAUCACUGGUGUCAUACCAUUAACACUUUCGGAGGCAAACCAGCUAGUCAGGCUCCACCUUUCUUCAAACCACUUAACAGGAAAGCUUCCAAAGGAACUUGGAUACCUGAAAUCAUUACUUGAAGUUAAGAUCAGCAACAAUCAAUUUUCUGGAAAUAUUCCAAGUGAAAUUGGAUUGCUACAGAAACUUGAAGAUUUUGAUGUAGGAGGAAACAUGUUGAGUGGAACAAUACCAAAAGAAGUUGUGAAGUUGCCCUUGUUACGGAACUUGAACUUGAGCAAAAACAAAAUUAAAGGGAAAAUUCCCUCAGACUUUGUCCUGUCACAGCCUCUUGAAUCUCUUGAUCUUAGUGGGAAUUUGUUGAGUGGAACAAUACCAUCAGUGCUAGGAGAGUUGAAGCAAUUGCAAAUGCUAAACCUGUCAUGCAAUAAUCUUUCUGGCACUAUUCCAACCAGUUUUGAGGAUGCACAGUCAAGCUUGACCUAUGUCAACAUAUCAAACAACCAGUUAGAAGGGAGGCUACCAAAUAAUCAAGCCUUUCUCAAGGCUCCAAUUGAAUCAUUAAAAAAUAACAAAGGCUUGUGUGGUAAUCACACUGGUCUAAUGCUUUGCCCAACUAGCCACAGUAAAAAGAGACACGAGAUCCUCCUUCUAGUAUUGUUUGUCAUCUUAGGUGCUCUAGUACUAGUAUUUUCUGGGUUGGGAAUUUCAAUGUAUAUUAUUUAUCGGAGAGCAAGAAAGACAAAAAACAAGGAUAAAGAUUCUAAUGAAGCACAAGCAGAAGAAGUCUUUUCCAUAUGGAGUCAUGAUGGAAAAAUGAUGUUUGAAAAUAUAAUUGAAGCUACCAACAAUUUUGAUGAUGAAUACCUCAUUGGAGUGGGAGGGGAAGGAUCUGUUUACAAGGCUAAGUUGUCUGCAGAUAUGGUUGUUGCAGUGAAGAAACUUCAUUCGAGAAUAGAUGGGGAAAGGUCCAAUAUCAAAGCCUUUGAAAAUGAAAUUCAAGCUUUGACAGAAAUCAGGCAUCGUAACAUCAUAAAGCUCUAUGGAUAUUGCCGACAUUCAAGAUUCUCAUUUUUGGUUUAUAAGUUCUUGGAAGGUGGAACUUUGACUCAAAUGUUAAACAAUGACACACAAGCCAUUGCAUUUGAUUGGGAAAAGAGGGUGAAUAUUGUUAGAGGUGUGGCUGAUGCUUUGUCCUACAUGCAUCAUGACUGCAUACCUCCAAUAGUUCACCGUGACAUAUCAAGCAAGAAUGUUCUCUUGGAUAUAUCAUAUGAAGCUCAACUUUCAGAUUUUGGAACAGCCAAGUUUCUAAAGCCUGAUUCAAGCAGCUGGACCGCAUUUGCAGGCACAUAUGGAUAUGCAGCUCCAGAGUUUGCCCAGACUAUGGAAGUGACCGAGAAGUGUGAUGUUUACAGCUUCGGAGUUCUUUGUUUUGAAAUCCUUCUGGGAAAGCAUCCAGCAGAUUUCAUUUCCUCAUUGUUCUCAUCAUCUACAGCAAAAAUGACUUAUAAUUUGCUGUUGAUCGAUGUGUUAGAUAACCGCCCUCCUCAACCUAUCAAUUCAAUUGUUGAGGACAUCAUCUUGAUUACAAAAUUGGCAUUUUCUUGCUUGAGUGAGAAUCCAUCUUCUCGCCCCACCAUGGAUUAUGUUUCAAAAGAACUUUUGAUGAGAAAAUCACAAUCACAUUUGGUGGAACAGUUCUCACAUAUCAAACUUGGACAACUCCACUAAAUCAUCCAACUAAGUCAAGUCGUCUAUGCUUUAUCUUAUCAAGCUUUCCUCCUAAUUUUAUAUAUCAUGUCAUGUUUACUUUUGUGAUGCUUAGUGCUGUAUGACUGUCUGUGUUCAUGUAUUAUUGCUUAAGAGCUGUUGCUUUUAAUAAAGGUAAAGCAGAGUGGGUUAAUUUUA